AUGCUCUACGCCGCUAUCCAUCAGGCAAUUACGAUCGAAGCAGAAACUCGUCCAGAUGGCAGUCGGCGUACCACUCGAUACGAUAUAGAUAUGACCAAGUGUAUCUACUGUGGGCUCUGCCAAGAAGCUUGCCCUGUCGACGCCAUUGUUGAGGGGCCAAAUUUCGAGUACUCAACCGAGACUCAUGAAGAGCUGCUUUACAACAAGGAAAAAUUACUGACGAAUGAAGCAAGCAUCAUGACUGUGUCACCGAUGGUCACUGAAGAGAUGACUGACGAUUUGCGGGAGAUGUUCGCUCGUACCCGCAAGAGUCCGAUAUCACUUUUCUUGGAAAUGUACAUGCAGGUGUUCAAGACGACACCUGACGUUAUGGUAGAGACCAUCCAUGGCGAAGAAAAGGGGACGUUUCUCUUCCUGAUGUCGGUCCAGGUAGGAAACGUCAUGGUGAGAGGUGCACCGCAUCGUACCAAGAAAAUUGCGAAGGCGGACUGCUUCCUCAAGGGUAUCAAGGUAGGGAAAGAAAGAUUCUUUGAAAAGUGUGACAUCGUAGUAUUUCCAUUCUUUUAG